AUGACAUCCGCAGCAGAGCUAACUUGUCCUGCGCUCAACACGGGAAACCGCAAAUUGACGGACCGAAAAAUGGCGAACGCGGACAUCACAGGUGCCUACCAUGCUUUACAGCGGCCAACUAAAGUUGUCCCUCUCCUACGUAAGGUACCUAGGCUUCAACAUUUCCCCUCUCCCAAAUCCCUCGCCGCAUCACAGCAUUCUGCAGGGAUUAAGGCCAAUCAAGGUCAGAUUCAGACCUCGACUAAGACCUGCCGGACCCUGACACAAGCGGUCCAGGAGGAACCCGAGCCAACGGCGCGCUUCUUCGGCUGUCCGUCGCAAACACACACUUUCAUUCCGCGACGGCCAGCACACCUUGGACUUCCAUAA